AAAAUCCAAAGCUAGUUUUCAAGCUCCUUAGCCACUUCUCUUCCUUUCACUCUUGCUUCUUAGAUCAGUCCUGCAUUGCUAUAUACUCCUUUCCUUGGUUGUUUCUACUUUCUUCUCUCUUCUUUGUUUCUUGAGUUGUAACAAUGGAGAGACUCUCAACUUUGGCAACACAAAGGCCAGUGGUGAUCUUCAGCCGGAGCUCCUGUGGCAUGUGCCACACUGUCAAGACUCUCAUAUUAAACUAUGGAGCUAGCCCUUUGGUCUAUGAGCUUGAUGAGGAUCCAAACGGACGGGAAUUGGAAAUAGCACUUACGAGCCUAGGGUGUAAGCCAGUUGUGCCGGUUGUGUUCAUUGGAGGUAACCUAAUUGGCGGAGCUAAUGAGAUUGUGGAACGUCAGAUGAAUGGUACUCUUAAAGAUACGCUCAUACGAGCUAAUGCAAUAUGGGUUUAACAUUUAGUUACGUUGCUCUAAUACCAUGUUAGAAAAUAAGUUCUAUACACCGGUUUUUGUUUCGGUAGUAUAGUUUGGAUCAGACACCCACCAUCGUUUAGCAAUCUUACUUUUGCAUGUAACUUCCUUUUAUGUAACUUAUAGUAAACUUUAGCUUUUCAUAAUAAAAUAUUUCAUCAAUAUUAUAUAGUA